AUGGCCGACUCAAUCUAUACCAAUUACCCCCCUACUCUUUCUCUAGCACAACAAGAAUACCUGGUCACCACGACUAAAGACUGGGCUAUUCAAAAUGGACUCGCAGUCCGACCAGCUCAAACCGCCCUUCCCGAAGGUGCAGAUGCCAAUCGAGUGUUAGCAACAAAUGCUCCAGUUACUCUCUUUCCCAGUCCGUUCCCGAAAACUUGCUUUGAAGAAGCUCGGGCUCUGCAGACCGUCUACAAUCAACUAUACGCGGCGAUUACUUGCAACGAGGAAUGGCUGGGAAAGGUCAUUGCAGAGCUGAUCGAUGUGGACGACUUUGUUGCAAACCUCUGGAAGACUCAUUUGGCGGUUAAGAAAGAAGGAUAUGUCCAGAAUUUGUCAUUGGGACUCUAUCGGUCCGACUACAUGGCUCACGUAACACCCAACCAUGCUCCGGCGUUGAAGCAAGUCGAGUUCAACACUAUCUCAUCGUCAUUUGGAGGACUGUCGGCUCUUGUGAGAUCAUUGCAUACGGAACUUCUUACGUCACCACCGGGAACUCCUAUCAGCUACCCGCCUCACCCUCUCUUCCAAUCCGGCGUGCCACCUGAGAAUACAUCCGUUGAGACCCUGGCAGGAGGUUUGGCAACGGCACACAAGGCUUAUGGACCUUCCAAGUCAACGCCUGAGCUCCCAUUGUGUGUUAUCUUCAUAGUUCAGGAUGGAGAACGGAAUGUCUUCGACCAGCAUGCCCUCUCCAAGCGGCUUACGGGAUUCCACAAGAUCCCCGUUUUCCGUGUUCCUAGCAGCAAGAUCUUUGACCAAACAUCAGUAUCUACCUCCGACCCUUCUCGACCUUUGAUUUACCACCCUCCUCACUCUCCAUCCACUGCAUUCGAAGUGACCACUGUCUAUCUCCGAGCUUACUAUUCACCUGAUGAAUAUACAUCUAGUCGUGACUGGGAUGCUCGAGUGCAUCUGGAACGCUCGGCUGCGAUCAAGUGUCCCACCGUGCUGAACCAAUUGGCUGGUUGCAAGAAGGUCCAACAAGUCCUAGCGGAGCCGACAGGACCUGAUCACCUGUCAAGCUUCCUCAAAGGCACUGACCCUACAGUGAUCGCACGACUUCGUGAGACAUUUGCCCCGCAAUAUGAUCUUUCGGCGAAUGGGCAGGGUCGAAAUCUAGCUCUCAACCCGGAGACAGCCAUGAAGCAUGUUCUCAAGCCCCAGCGUGAAGGUGGCGGCAACAAUAUCUAUAAAGCCGAGAUUCCAGACUUCCUUAAAUCCAUUCCGGAGAGCGAUUGGAAGGGAUGGGUACUGAUGGAGCUUAUUAACCCCGCGGCCAAUGCCGAGAACAUCGCUCUGCGGAACGACGGAGAAGUCCUUCGCGGCAAUGUGAUCUCUGAACUCGGUGUUUACGGCACCAUUCUGUGGGAUAAUACUGGCAAGGUCCUCCAUAAUGAUGAAGGUGGUUGGUUGUUGAGAACCAAAGGAAAAGAAGUGAAUGAGGGUGGUGUGGCUGCUGGAUUCUCCAGCUUGGAUAGCGUGCUCCUCUUCUAG